AUGCGCCUGUUUACCAUCGUCGUAUCACUAGCCGCGUAUGCGUCUGCGCAACAACUGCUCGUCUACAGCGACACGGCUCUCCCGUCAUGCGCGCAACAAUGCACCAUCCUCCAGAGUGCCCAAACAGGCUGCAUCCCUCCGGCCGCUCCUGUGACAGACGCCGUCAUCUACGAAUCAUGUUUCUGCCAGUCUGGCUAUCUCACUCCUCUCAAAGCAGCCGGCUCGACUCUCUGCUCGGACGUGUGUGAAGCGGCCGAUGUGGCCAAGAUUGCCUCGUGGUAUCAGUCCAACUGUGCCGACAAUGGAGUCGCCGCCGCCGCGAGAGUGAGCGCAGCUGGCACGACAACAGACCCAACAGCAACAAGGACGGCCUCGACGAUUGCUUCGUCCGUGGCCACGUCUACUACAGGAAGCUCCAGUGGCUCGCAGAGCACAAAGAAUCAGAACACCGAGCCUCAACACAGCUGGUGGAGCGAGCAUUGGAAGUGGAUUGUCAUGCUCAUCGUCGUCUUUGUCGGCUUGGGCAUCUUCACCGUCACCCUCGUACUGCUACGUCGUCGUCAUCACCGCCGUCAAGACGCUGCAAAUGCCCCCUUCAACUCAGGCAUCACCCGCCAUUCGUUACCGGCCCCGUCCGUCACACCUCCCGCUCUCGGCAAGGCUCCCAGCAACCAGGCCAGCAGAACGAGUCUACCGAGGGUCCGAGAAAAAGAUAGAAUGACCGUCACCGACGUGCCAGUGCCUCCAUUGCCUACAUCUCAUGACUUUGCUACAAAGGAAAGAGGAAGCACUCCCGACAUUGAAUAUGGUCGUGCCAGAUAA